UUUUAACGGCGAGAGAUUGUAACUGUUAUUUCGCGAGUACAUUACACGUUUUCUUUGUAAUACGUUAUGUAUUAAAUUAGCUGAUAUUGACUGUAAAAAUAUCGUUUCGUUUAUUUGUGACUGUUCAAAUACAAAAUUGGUGGUGAAAAGUAUAAUAAAAACUUUGUGUUCUUCGCCGGUGUUAUAAAAAGAAGCGGCAACAGGAUUUGCAAGCAUGUGUUAAGUGACAUAAGUGCAGUGCAAGUGAUGUGUGUGAAGUGACAUGGAGUGAGACAAUGUGCAUCGUAACGUCUCCGGCCCUUUGCGACCCGGGUUCUGAAUGAUAGCUACCAUUCAAGACGCGGCAUGGAUAAGGAGAACGGCGAGGGCGACGCGGCCGGCAAGCCGCCGCCCGACGGCCUGCUGGAUGCCGCUGGACUCUUCGGAGCGUACUGGGGCCGAGAUGGGUCUGGCGGCGGGACAGCGGCCGCGCAGGCUCAGGCUCAGGCUCAGGCCCAGGCCCAGGCGCAGGCGCAGGCGGCGCUCUUCGGCUUUGGAUCCCGCUAUCCGCCGCCGACCACACUCGGCGUCGCUGCCAACCAGGCAGCUUCUCUCGGCCUACAUCCUGCUGCCAGUGCAGCAUGGUGGUCGAUGGCAUCGCACCUCGCAGCGCAGGACUAUCUAGCGCGGCUCCAAGCCUCAGGCCUCAACUUCCCGCCCCUCGGGGACCCGUACUCCGCGCUGUCAGCUCUAUCGGGGGCUACAGCCGGAAUGAAGCAACCGCCUAAACAUCCCAAGCAGCCAAUGAGGAGCGAGAGUAGAUCGGGCCGGAGCAGUAGCGGUACUUCGUCGAGCGCGUCGUUAAAGGACAAGAGUCCUUCGACUGGCGGUAGCUCGCAGCCGAGCAUGAGUGAGUGGGGAACGUCAUACGGCUUUCCGAAGACCUCAUCACCGUCAGCGAUGCACUCGCAGGCAUCGCUGUCGAGUCUGGCCUCUCUCAACAGCCUCGUGUCGGCGCCGCAUCAGUCCAAGUCCUCCAAACCACCGCAGCAAUCCUCCUCAUCUAGGAAAAGUUCAUCUAGUUCAUCGGGUAAGAGCAAAGACCGCGACUUGGCGCUGCUGAGGGGCGACCUGAUGCUGGCGCAGGCGGCAGCGCACGGCGCGUACCACGCGGCGGUCGCCGCGGCCACCAAGGGAAAGAACAUGUCACCGCUGUAUCCAUUCGGAAUGCCAGGCUCGGAUAAGGAUAGACAUGCGGGGAUAGAUUCCCUCACCGGUCUGCCUCACACAAUACUCAGUGCCGCUUUGGAGGGCGGUGAUCCCACGUCCGUGCUUGGAGGUGUUCGGUUGCCGCCUGACACGGAGAUUAUCAAAUAUACUUCGUCUCUCGCUGGUCCUAAGGUGCCUCCUGGUACGACGAAUCGUGGUCGUAAGAAGACGAUAUCGCUGGACCCGCCGCAAGUGUCGGUGCAUCCCUCCGCCGGCGACCGCUCCACGCCGCUGCCCAGCAAACGGCCCAAAGUUGUAACAGUGAGUGGCUGGGGGACGCGCGAGGGCAGGCCGCGCAACCUCGGCCGCGGCGUCAGCAAACCCAAGAAGAAUACUGUCGCCUCGCUACUGGCGCAGAGCCGCGCGCUCGGCCUCAGGCCAGCGCUGGCGCACCAGCUGCUCGCAGAGACUGACCUGGAGAAACUACGUACACUACUGGGCGAGAGCGCGAGCACGGACUCCGAGUGCCCGUCGGACAGCGGGCCUUCGGACUCCGACGCCAGCGACCCCGGCCGCCGGCACGACGCGCAGCUGCGCCUGCCUCUCGCACUCGGUUGGAAAAGAGUGACAGUAAUUAAGGGUUUAUCUCGCAACUGCAAUAUAAAGGGCGACGUGAGCUACUCCCCGCCGGAGCCGCACUCCGCACUGCCGAUAAAAUCCACACAGGAACUGUGCUCGUUUUUGGAUUCAAACCCUUGUCCCCCUCUGUCGUCGGACAACUUCAGCUUCAGCGCGCGCACGCUGCUCGGCGAGUACGUGCAGCCCGCGCCCGACCUCGCUGAACCACUCGUCUUCAAUGAGGCUGAAAUUACUAAGAGAGUGGAGGAGGCGCGUGCGCUGGCGGCGCUGAGCACGCCGCGGCCGACGCCGCCGCCCGUGGAGCGCCGCAUCGAGCUGGCGCGCCGCCAGCAGGCCGCCCGCGACGCGCGCAGGGACGCCGCGCCGCGCAGGGAACAGGCGCGUCUCGUACGAGAGUUAGAAAGGUCAGAAAGGGCCGAGCUCGUCAAACGGGAAAAAGAGGCGCGAAGUCAGCAACUGUUAGAGCAUAUCAACAAGAACCGAACGCAGCUCAGCAUCGAGCCGCUGGCCAGCGCGCCGCGCCCUCAGAUAGCGGCGGGCCCCGCGCCCCGGCCCGCCAGGGACCGCGCUAUGCCGCCCAUUAGCCUCUCCCUCAUUCCCGUCACCGGACCUAAACAACAAAACUUACCCAUUAAAACAUUGAACUACGACCAAUCCGGCUGGAAGGAAGAAGUAGAGGAAUACAACGCGUUAGACAAGAUGAAAGAUUUCGCUGAAAAGGCCGCCUUCGAUCUACCGAAAAGGCCGAAAGAUAAAUAUUUCGAUAUCUCACUAAUGAAAUCGGCGGAAAAGAAAACUAAUAUGCCAGAUAAAGAGAACAACUUAGAAAAACUCAUCGAAUCUUAUUCGAGAAUAAGUGAAUUCAUGAACGGCUGUGAUUGGUCGAAAUUAGACGGCGAGAGUAAAAACGAGGACCCUAAGAGCUUAGAGCAGAAAUAUUUAGAUGCAAAAAACGAAUUUAUGUCACAAAACUUAAUGCUGAUGCCGAAAGAAUCGCAGAAAUCUGUACUAAAGGAGGUGAUUGAUUUGAGUGGUGAUGAUGAGAAUAUACUCAAUGAUAUUAUAAGUAAAAAGAUAAGCCAAGGAACGUUUAACGUAGGCAAAGACGGUGCGCUUUCGAUCUCGGUACAUCCCUACGGCAGUAAGGACAUGUACUUGGCUAAGAGAAGAAAGCAGGAGGAGUUGGAGAAGCAGAAGAUAGAAGACCAAGCUAAGAAGCAACAGGAAAGGGAACUCAAACGACAACAAGCUAUUCUCUUAAAAGAACAGCAAAAGUACAUAACCGAGGUAAAUUUUAUACAUUGCAAUACGCACCAGAACCUGCUGGACCGUCUGCUGGCCAAGGAGGGCAAGCUGCAGCAGCGCAGGAAGGAGAUGGAACUCCUCGCUGAACUCAGGAGACCUCAAGAAGACUCAUCAUUAUCAGAUCAGAAACCUCUGCCUACACUAAGUAGGAUCCCAGGGUUGAAGCUCGCCGGCCAAGCCAUGGCGGACUUACUACAAGUAUACGAAUUCAUCCAUAACUUCGGACAAACUCUUGGUUUCGAUAUGGAUUCCCUGCCGAGUUUCCAAACACUGCAACAAUCGCUGUUGCCCGAUAGCAACGCCAAUUUAAGAGAGGAACUAAUGCAGGUGUUGACUCAGCUGCUAGUCUGUGCUAUUGAGGAUCCGGGUAUUCCGCACCCUGGACGACACACGACGUUGCUGGGACACGCCAUCAGACUCGGCGACAUCACGCCCGCCAACCUCAGCGAAGUACUACGUAUCUACCUUUAUGCUAACGCUACUGGAGAGGUUAAAGCACUCACUGGUCUGACUGCGGAGCGCGAGCGUGAGCGUCGCGUAGCUGACCACCAUCAAAGCGACGCGGAGAUACAGCACACGUGCGCGCACACAAAGAACUCCGCAUACUACGAGCAUCUGCAUGCCAACCACACGUAUAAACUAUCAGAAACUCUUCGCGACAAAGUGCGCGUGCUGCAGCAGCGCAAGGUGCGCGCGGAGCAGGCGGAGCGGCAGCAGGCGCUGGCGCUGGAGCGCAUGCAGCGCCUCGUCGACGACACGCCUUCCGGCCCGCCGCACGCGCACGCGCACGCACUCCUCAACACCUCUGAAGAAGGUCACUUAAAUCAUUUAAUCAGUGACAAAAGUGAGACACCGAAGAAACUGGACAAAGUUGAUUCGCCGCAAGAGUCUGAAGCCAACAAACAAGUUGACUUGCCGUCCCCAUACAAAGAUAGUACACCUAUGGAAGAGAGCGACAAAGAACUCUCGCCCUUAAAAGAUUUGUCUAAUAAUAUGAAAACUAAGGAGAUAUUGAACAACAAUAAAGACGAAUGUUCUCCUGCAGAUAACUCAAAGAUCGACAAAGACAGUGUUAUGGGCGAUUGUGACGCUAUAUUAAGUGAUUUAGAAAGCGAAGGCACACAACCUGAAGAGGACGAGGACAAGAACCUAUCAUCGGAGGAGCUGGGCCGCAAGCUGGAGAAGCUGGUGCGGCAGUCGGAGCAGCAGCUGCAGCAGCUGUCCGCCGGCUCGCACGCACUGCGCGCCACCUGCUACGGACAGGACAGAUACUGGCGGCGGUACUGGUCGCUGGGCAAGUGCGGGGGUAUCUUCGUGGAGGCGAUGGAGUCCGCGCAGCCCGAGAUCCUGCCCUACCAGGAGGCGCUGGAAACCGCCGCUAUGAAAGGCCAGCCCUUAAGCGAUACCGCCAAGAAAAAGAAAAAAGAUAUAAAAGAGAAAAAAGAGCCAUCAGAAGAUAAGGAGGAGGAGAUAGACGCGCAGCGUGAAGAAGAAGAACUGCAGAGUGAACUGGAACUUAGGAACAUUAAGUCUGAACUGAACUUGAGCGAUCACACGCAGAUUAUCAAGUACGAACCUAACGUGAAACACGGCACUUGUAAAGUUGAAGGUUCUGCAAUAAAAAUGGAAGAGAAAUAUAUUCAACAAAAGCAAAAUAAUGAAGAAGAGGACAUGCUAGAUAUUGAAGACUCGAUCCCCACCGCAUUCCUAGUCCAGAAACCCACUCACAAACCAAUGUUCGCUGCACAAGCGGAACCUAUGGAUAAACCUCAAGAGAUUGUCAAAGUAGAAAACGUCGUUAAAACGGAAACUAUGGAGAAAGAGAACGUAGAAGAGAGUAAAGAUGAACUAGUCAAUAAUCUAGAAGAAUUGAGAAAAAUGGCAGAAGCGGUAUCCUCACAAUUGGACGCCGCUAAGAAAGCUGAAGCUAAAGUCAAAGACGAAACUGAAAUCGUAGAAAGACCAACAAAGAAAGAACUCAUGGAUGCAGAGAGUGCGCACGCGCAACUUUAUACCAAAAUGCUCGAAGGAAAAUGGUUCUCAAUACUAAGGCAUGAGAGUUCAUAUUUAACUAACAUUAACGAUGAAAAGAGUAACGAACAGAAAGUUCCAGAAUUUUGCGAUAAUGAACACACAUGCUCCGAAGUAGUGAUGUGCCAAGGUCAUAAAUGGGAUGUAUCGAAUAAUUUACAUUUGCUCAACGAUCCGAGUUUAUUCACACUCAACAGUAUGGUGACCAGUGUGCAAGUGCCUACUAAUAACAUUUACACAGAUUCAAGUCUGACUAUGUCUGGUCUGGACCAGGAUAUGUUGGACGCUAGUGUUAAUAAAAAUGAAAAUCUUGAAGGGGACGAGGUAGAAGAAGAUAAUAAAGAACAAGAUAACGAUCUGGAGAAGGAACUGCAAGCGGACGCGGCAAAGCAGGAGGCGGCAUCGCAGAAGGCGAAGGCGUCCGGCCUCUCCAGCCUCGGCCUGCUCAACUUCAACGCGCUCAGCACGUACGUGACGUGCGACAGCCCGCCGCCCAUACAGAUGUCGCCCGAGGAACUCGACCAGCUCGACCACUGCAAGAUCCAUGGUCUGCCCAAGAAGUUAGAAGGUGGAUUCGUACCUAGAGAGCUACGUCACGGAUGGUGGCGUAUCAACGACAUGGCUGAGGACGCGAGCGGCGCGGAGAUCGUGUCCCGCGCACGCUACGAGCUGGCGUUCCUCGAGGCGCACAUCGAGAGGAGAUACCUGAAGCCUCCUUUGGUACAGAGGUAUGCAGCUAGCAGUACAGAAGUGACAUUGGGCGCGAUACUGCACGGCGAGCGCGGCAACUCCUCCGUCACCUCGCCUCAGAACACUGAAACCAGUGAACCGAAAGACAAGGGGAUAGCACGUGGCCUGAGCACGUGGCGCGAGGCGGUGGGGCGCUGCAACACGUCGGCGCAGCUCGCCAUGCUGCUGCAAGCGCUAGAAGCAGCCAUCGCAUGGGACAAGAGUAUCUUGAAAGCGAAUUGUCAGUUUUGUCUGUGCGGCGACAACGAGGACCAGCUCCUGCUAUGCGAUGGCUGUGAUAAAGGCUACCACACAUACUGCUUCAAACCACGUAUGGAGAAAAUCCCCGAAGGCGAUUGGUAUUGCUGGGAAUGUGUCAACAAAGCUCGCGGCGAGCGCGUGUGCAUUGUAUGCGGCGGAGCGUCCAGCGGCCGCACUAUACCGUGCGCGCUCUGCGUACGCGCCUACCAUAUGGACUGCCAUUACCCGCCUUUACACAAGAACCCUCGAGGCAAAUGGUACUGCUCGCACUGCAUAUCCCGCGCGCCGCCCAAGAAACCGCGCAACACCAAGAAGAGAGACAACAAACAUAAAGAUAACAGCAUUGACCUAGACCAGAGCAUGGUGCCCAGUCCUGCGGCGUCUCAGGCGUCUACGUCAACGACAGCGGAGGAGUGCGUGCCGAGCGCGCUGCACACGCCGGAGAAGCACGACGAGCGCGACGAUACGCUCACUGAGCCGGAGAACGGACUGAACCAUCAUCCCGUAGCGGAGUUAUCAGAGGAAGGUCCGCCGCCGGAGAAGCGACGCGCGCUCUCCGUCGGCAGUAAUGGAGCCUUACAACACGACGACACUGAUCAUAUGGACGCAGUCGACGACAUCAACUCCGAGAAUGUGCCACUUCUGUCGAGAGCGAAGAAAGAGAAAACAAGUGCCAAAAAACAGCUCAAAGAAUUGCAGUUUUGCAAGACCCUGCUGUCAGAGAUGGAGUGUCACGAGCACGCGUGGCCAUUCUUGAUGCCUGUCAACACCAAGCACCUGCCGCAGUACCGCAAAGUCAUCAAGUGCCCAAUGGACCUCUCCACCAUCAAGAGAAAAUUGCACGACGGCACGUAUAAAUGCAAAGAGGAGUUCGCGUCUGACGUGCGACUGAUAUUCAGCAAUUGCGAAGUGUUCAACGAGGACGACAGCCCGGUUGGGCGCGCCGGACACGCUAUGAGACACUUCUUUGACACCCGCUGGCCUCAUAUAUGACACCCCCGUGCACACACUGACACACCACACAUGACACAAGCGACAUCUGGACAACAAUGACUCUAAGUUAUAAACCUGAAUUUGAAUUAUAAUCGUGGGACUCUCUGAUGUAGACGCUCGCGAUUCUUCGGCGUGAAAUUAAUAUAUAAUAAAAAAACACCCUAAUCACAAAUAAAUGACCUUUCUAACGA